CGGGGACUCUGUUGAUAUGUGCACGGCUGGAUCGUAGUGCCGGGAUGGGGUUUCGCAUUACAACAUGGAAUGUCAAUGGGAUUCGAAAUCCAUUUUCGUACGAGCCAUGGCGGGGAACGCGGACGUUUGAGGCCAUGUUCGAAAUCCUAGAGGCGGACAUUGUCGUCUUCCAAGAAACCAAGAUCCAGCGCAAAGACCUCCGCGAUGACAUGAUCCUCAUCCCCGGGUGGGACUGCUACUUUAGUCUCCCCAAGACCAAAAAAGGCUACUCGGGGGUCGUCAUCUACACUCGCAAUGCGACGUGUGCUCCCAUCCGCGCCGAAGAGGGUCUAACGGGCGUUCUCUGUCCGCCCAGUUCGUCGGUCUCGUUCCGGGAUCUCCCCGACGAUCAGCAGAUCGGGGGCUACCCGACGAUGGAGCAGCUCAGCGAGCUCGAGCUAGACGCGGCCACGCUCGACUCGGAGGGCCGAUGCGUGAUCCUCGAGUUUCCCGCCUUUGUCUUGCUGGGUCUCUACAGUCCCGCCAAUCGGGAUGAGAGCCGGGACGCUUUCCGCCACUGCUUUCUCGAUAUCUUGGAUGCCCGGAUCCGCAAUUUGGUCGCCAUGGGGAAGAGAGUGUUCGUCACGGGCGAUAUCAAUAUCUCUCGCGGCGAGAUCGACGCGGCCCAUGCGUCUGAGGCCAUCCGCAAGGGCACCUUGACGGAGGAUGAAUUCGUAUCUGUGCCGGCGCGCCGGCUCGUCAAUCAUUUGCUCACCGAUGGGAACGUCGUGGGGCCGCGGGACGAGGGGCGUGAGCAGCCCGUUCUCCACGAUAUCUGCCGGUCGUUCCAUCCGGACCGGAGAGGCAUGUACACGUGCUGGGAGCAGCGGAUCAAUGCCCGACCGGGGAACUACGGCUCGCGGAUUGACUAUGUCUUGUGCAGCCGAGACAUGGAGGACUGGUUCUGCGAGUCCAACAUCCAAGAGGGGUUGAUGGGAUCUGACCACUGUCCGGUGUAUGCGGUCUUCAAAGACUCCGUCCCCCUUGGCGACAAGACAGUCAACAUCCUCGACGUGAUGAAUCCCCCGGGGGUGUUUCGAGAUGGCCAGCGCCAGCAGGAGUACACGACAAAGUUCCUUCUACCUAUCUCUGGGCGAUUGAUCCCCGAGUUUGACAAGCGACGGAGCAUCAAAGACAUGUUCUCUCGAAAACCUACGGCCGCCUCGCAGAAACCCACUCCAUCAUUGACCAAGUCUGUCUCCACCUCCGAAAAAGAGACACCUUCAAGUACAGCGAAGGAUACAUCAAGCGACACCGCCAGCACACCUCUCCCCAAUAGCGACCGCAGUGCAGGAGGACAAGGGAUGGUUCGUAAGCGGUCGGAAAAAGAGAACUCCUCCCCGACCGUGCCAGUCAAACGAUCCAAGUCCGCCAUGGGAGCCCCGCCCGUAGCGUCCGCUGCAGGACAGAAGACGCUCAAAGGGUUCUUCAAGCCAAAGACUACGCCACAGAGCAGCCCUACCAAAGCCACACCAGUAUCCGAAACCAGCACUACACCAGACACGGGAACAUCCGUCGCCAGCGAUGCCGUUCCUACGAGCGAGACCCAAGACCACGAGAGCGUUAUCGACCCAAUCGCCGCCAAGGAAGACUGGACGAAGCUGUUCAGCAAAAAGCCAACCCCCCGGUGUGAUGGCCACCAGGAGCCGUGCAUCAGCCUGACGACCAAGAAGCCAGGUGUCAACUGUGGGCGAGCCUUUUGGAUCUGUCCGCGGCCGCUGGGUCCGAGUGGUGAGAAGGAGAAGGGGACCCAGUGGCGGUGUCCUACAUUCAUCUGGGCCAGUGAUUACAAUCCUUAAUGUGAGGAAGGAGGGGAAGGAGAAAAGAGACCAGUGACAGCGCCUGUCAGUAGGGUUUCCGCAGUGAUAGCCAUUCUUUCAUUCACUCAACAUGACACUGCUAUUGUGUUGACUCAUGGUUGCCUAAUCCUCGUUGUCGACGGUAUCAGGAAUUGGACUGAUAUUCAUUCAUUCACUCCAUCCCAGCCACCCAGCCCCACCAUUCUUCUACCUCCAACAAUGCCAUUCUUCUCCUUGAACAAUAGGCAAAGAACAGACGAAGAAAAAAAAAGAAAACCAGUCGGGCCACAGGAAAAUGGAGAAGAAGAAAAAAAGAGACGAGUCCAAAGCGCACAGGAGAAAUGUGAUCCACCAUUGGUUGCAAUGCAAACGACCGUGGGCCCAUGCAUGAGG